AUGUUUCGAGAACAGGAAAACACUUUACAACAAUAUAUUGAACGUUAUGUGGAACAAUGUAAUACAAGUGUUACUUUAACAAGACAAUAUUCCACAAAUACACCUAAUGUUAAUCAUACUGACAAUCAAGAUAUUCAAAGUGCAUUCAAAGUAUGGUUAGAGAAAUAUUAUCAAUAUAAUUGCAAGAUUCAUGAUUGUUCAUCGUACAGACAGUUAAUUGUUGAUCAUAGUAUGGAAAGCAUUGCUUGUGUAAUUGGUAACUGUAAAAAUCAAACUGAAUUUAACCAAAUCCUAUUAUGUUACAAUGACUCAUUAUUAGCAACUACGGACAAUACGUUGUAUGACAUUUAUGAAAAUGAAUCAAAUGAACAAUACAAUCCUGUGACAACUGAAGUUCCUCCAGAAACUACAUCUUAUAUACUUGAACAAGGACGAUGUGAAUGCCUUUGUUAG